AUGCUGCGCCGCGCGUGCCGCGAGGCCGCGCGCCGGACGCGCUGGCUCAGCACGUCCGCCGCCAAGGACGCGCCGCCCGCGACGCCGUACAAGCCUCCGCGAAAGGACGACGGCGCGAGGCAAGCGGAGGCGAUGACCCCGGAGCAGAUCGAGGAGCUCAGCGUGUUCAACGCCGCGGGGGGGCUGACCGCGGCGAUCGCGGGCGGGCUCGUCGUGUUCGUCAUCGGCGCGGGCGCGACGUUGAGCGUCGCGUCCGGCGCGGCGUCGCUGCUGGGUCACACGAUGAAAUCGAAGAACGUGCCGUCGAGCGGGCCGACGCGCGAGGAGCUCGAGGCGCAGCUCUCGACGCUGCGAAGGAGACCCGCGGGGUACUUACCCUGGACGAACGCGCACGCGGAAAAGGCGAGCGUGAAGCGAAAGCUCCGCGAGUUUUCGUGA